UUCACCGUCAACAUCAUGACAGAUAGUGAUGUAUUUCAAAUGGACUAUCUAAUAUAAAAUCCGUGCUUUUAUGGGGCUGGCGGGGAUACCGGGAAGCAGGAAAUGUUAACUGCAACAUCGGAUAGACCGAAUGGGUACAAUAAAACAUAUGAAGCAACUCCGGCGUGCAAAUUUUGCAGCCAACACUUGUAUGGCAACAUCAAAACCAACAUGCGGGCAAAAGGUAAACCUAGGAGAAGACUUUCAUCUAAAUCAAUCUCUGAAACGUUUCAGUUCGAACUUGAACAAGAAGUGGUAAUAACUCAACAUAUAGCCAUGGCCACCACCUUCAGCAACAUGUCACCUAAUUACAACCAUCAACAGGGAACCAUUCAGCGGUUCGUGUUCACUUACAAUGUCCUCUAGGACCAUAUCUUUAUGCCAGUACAACGUGCUGGCAGAUACAAUACCGAAAAUGUCUGAAAUCUAGAUUGAUUCAAAUAGAUCAUUCUUGACCAAAGUCAUCAACAUCAACAGACAUUUUCAGACACACAAUCUGUGUAGGAACCCAACAACAGUGACAUCAACCAGUGGAUUACCUAACCAACUGCACCGUAAACAGGACAAUCGAUCACUAACAAACAUUCAGCUAUCAAUGCUCAUUGUUUCAGAUCAGAUUACUUCAAAGUUGGGAUAGUAAAUAACCAAUAUAUAGUAAAGCCCU